AUGGCCGCCGAGUGGCACCGGCUGGGCGAGACGUACUACCGGCGCACGCGGCUGUACGAGCUGCCGUGGCCGAGUGAGCGACUUGAACAGGCACUUGUGGCGGCCUCCAGCGAUGGCGGCCUCCUCGCGAUGGCGCGCGAUCCGCGGCAGCUCGUCGCGCUGGGCGAGGCUGGCGCGAUCGAGCCCCAGAUCCACGUGUACACCGGCGCGGGCCAGCUGCUCGAGACGCUCCCGCUCGACACGUCGUCGCAGCUCGUCGCGCUGGGCUUCUCAUGGCGCGACGACCUCGUCACUGUGAUGGACGACGGGCAUGUCCGCGUGUGCUCCCUGCUCGUGCCGUGCCCCCGUGGCGACGCCGUGCGCCAGCCGGCGACGCCCAGCUCGCACUAUGUGCCCCUGUCGCUCGGCAUAGAGGCGGCCGAUACAGGCGUCGCUGCGGCGCUCGUGUGUGCGGACCGCGUGUGGGCGCUGCUGCGCAGCGGCGCGAUCGUCGAGGCGCCCCUUCCCACGUCACCGUCCACCGACUCGAUCUGGACGCAAAAGACGCGCGCAGAGCCGCCGCGCGUGCACGCACCGCUCGCAGUGCCCCCGAGCCCACGGCGCCUCGUCGCCUGGGCGCCCGCGCGCCCUGCCGGCCUGCUCCUGGCGACCGAGCAGCGCGUCUGGGCCCUCGAUGCGCGCGGCUACCGCGAGCUGCCACACACCGACGGCCCAUACAGCGCCGUGCGGCCAAGCCCGAAUGGCCAGCUGCUCGCGCUGCUCGCCUCGCACGAGGUGCGCGUCGUGCGCGCCGACGGCACGCAGCUGCGCGCAUGGGACGUGCGGCAGAGCGAGGCGUACCAGCGUGCCCGGCCCAUGCCGCGCGUGCCUGAACUGCUCGAUGAAACGGCCAUGCCAUCGGUGGCCCACGAACGCGGCGGGCUGGGCGGCACCGGGCUGUGCGCGAUCGAGUGGUGCGGCGACAAUGUCGUCGCGCUCGCGUGGCCCGGCGAGGUGCUGCUCCUCGGCCCGUACGACGAGCCGGUGCACCUGGCGGUGCACGGCGUGCCGUUCCUGUACAGCGACGCCGCAGGCGUGCGCAUCGUCGAUGCGCACGCGCACGACCAUGUGGCGCGCGUCGCAAGCAGCACGGCGCAUGCGCUGCGAGCGGGCUCCACGCACGUCGCGGCGCUCCUCGUCGAGGCCGCGCGCAUCGCGCCGACGGAGUGCGCGCGCGCGUACGAGGCAGUGCGUGCGAUGGGCGCAGACCUUGCGCUGGCCGUCGAGACGUGCCUGGACGCUGCGUCGCACGAGUGGGACACAGACACGCAGCGCCCCCUCCUCCAGGCCGCGCUGUUCGGCCAGACGUGGCUCGACGCGCCGGACCCCGCGCGCUUGGUCCAGGUGUCGCGCACGCUGCGUGUGCUGCAUGCCGUGCGCGCGCCGACGGUCGGUGUGCCGGCCAGCUACGACGAGGACGCGGUGGGCGUGUGGCUGUACCGCCUCGCCGCGCGCGCGCAGCAUGGACGAGCCGUGGCGAUUUGCGAGGCGCUCCAUCUCAAAGCUGACGCAGUGCUCCUGCACUGGGCGCGCGUGUACAUGGCGCGCAUCCGCGCCACGGACGACGACGAAAGCGUCGCGCAGACGAUCAUCGCGCGCUUCCAGCGUGCGCGCACCCUGCGCUAUGCGGACAUCGCUAUGACCGCCUGGCAGGCGGGGCGCCCGCGCGUCGCGACGCGCCUGCUCGAGCACGAGCUGCGUGCUGUCGACCAGGUGCCGCUCCUCCUCCAGAUGCACGAGCACCGCCCCGCCCUCGCGCGCGCCGUCGAGAGCGGCGACACGGACCUGGUGUACCACGUGCUGUUCACGCUGCAGCGGCACCUCUCGCGCGCCGCGUUCCUGGACGUGGUGCAAACGGCCGACGUGCGCGACACCGAGUGGGACACGCACACGGUCGGGCUCCGCCCGUCGGCGCGCCCGGCGUACGUGGCGCUCGCCGCGCACCUCCUCGAGACGUAUGCGCGCGAGCAGGACGAGGGUCUGUUGCGCGACUAUUAUUUCCAGGACGAUCGGCACAGCGACCUGGCGCUGCAGUGUGUGGCCCAGGCGUAUGCAGUGCCCGCGAGCGAGCGCGGCGAGGCCCUGCGGCGUGCGCAGCAGCACUUUGGCGACGAUCGCGCGUGCGCGAGCGAGGCGCGGCUCACGGGCGAGGCAUGCGCGCUGCUGGCCGUGCAGACCACGCUGGCUGCCGAGCUGGCUGCGCUGGGUGUGCGCCCGACGCCGGGCGUCGUCGGCCGCUCGCUCUACGAUACCAUCGCGCUGUGUGUCGCGCACGGGCUGCCGCGGCGCGCUGAGCGCCUCCAGCACGAGUUCCGCGUGCCGGACGCGCGCUACUUUGCGAUCCAGAUGCGCGCGCUCAUUGCGCAGGGCGAUCUGGCCGCGCUGUGGCGCGUCGCGACGCAGCGGCGCCCGCCGGGCGGCUACGAGCCCGUGGUCAGUGCGCUGCUGCAUGCGGGGCACGUCGAGGAGGCAUGCCGCUACGUGGCCAAGGGCGCCAGCGACAAGGCAAGUCGAACGAGGAUUCUCGCACUGCUCGACCGGUGCACGGAUGCGGCGGUGCGCGAGCGGCUGCAGGCGGCUCUGUCCUAG